CAGGCGGUUCGCGCAAACGUGCGUCUGUGUGUGAAAAAAUGCUUUCACUUUCAAUUCCAGGGUCCAUUGAUUCACUCGAGGCGCAACAUCCAGAACAAGUAAAAAAAAGAGGGAAAAAAAACUCGUAAAACAAAGUCGACUCAGGGAAACGGAAGAACACUUUAGGAGACCCCGCAAUGGCGUUUAAGUACCCGACUGCCCGAAGAGAUGAGGAUAAGGUGGAUGACUACCAUGGAACUAAGAUCUGUGAUCCCUAUGCAUGGCUGGAGGACCCUGAUGGUGCAGAAACGAUGGCCUUUGUUGAGGAGCAGAACAAACUGACCAUGCCGUACCUGGAGCAGUGUGCUGUUCGGGCUCAGUUCCACAAGCGCCUCACUGAGCUCUAUGACUAUCCUAAAUACAGCUGUCCUUACAAAAGAGGGAAGAGGUAUUUUUACUACCACAACAAAGGGCUACAGAACCAAGAUGUGCUGUAUGUGCAGGACACUCUGGAUGGACCAGCCACAGUCUUCUUGGACCCAAAUGAACUCUCUGAAGAUGGCACUGUGGCACUAAAGAUGGGCCGUCUGUCGGAAGAAUGUGAAUAUUUCGCAUAUGGUUUGAGUAACAGUGGCUCUGACUGGGUAACAGUGCGUUUCAUGAAGGCUGAUGACCUCACCCCACUGCCUGAUGUACUCGAGAGGGUUAAAUUCAGCUGUCUGGCCUGGACUCAUGAUGCAAAGGGUGUCUUUUACAACUGCUACCCACGCCAGGAGGGCAAAACAGAUGGCACAGAAACUACUAGCAACAUUAAUCAAAAGCUCUACUACCAUGUCAUCGGCACUGAACAGUCACAAGACAUUCUGGUUGCAGAGUUCCCUGACCAUCCAAAGUGGCACAGCGCAGUAACUGUAAGUCUGAAAUAUCAGAUCGAUGGUAGAUAUGCUGUUUUGUCCAUCACUGAAGGCUGUAAGCCAGUCAACCAGCUGUGGUACUGUGACCUUCAGCAGCUCCCCAAUGGCAUCACAGGGCUGCUGCCAUGGGUCAAACUUGUGGACAACUUCGAAGCCCAAUACUCUUACAUCACCAAUGAGGGAACUGUAUUCACUUUCCGCUCCAACUUUGAUGCUCCUCGAUACUGUAUCAUCAACAUAGACAUUCAGAAACCAGACAGACAGCACUGGACUACCCUCAUACCACAGCACAACAAGGAUGUCCUGGGCUUUGUCUCCUGUGUGAACCAGCACCACCUGCUGGUCAACUAUGUUCAUGACGUGAAGGAUAUCCUGCAGGUGUAUGAGUUGUCCACAGGCCGGCUGGUCAGGGACCUGCCGCUGGAUGUUGGCACAGUGGCCGGUGUGAGCUGCAAGAAGAAACACUCAGACUUCUUCUACAAGUUCACCUCCUUUACUACGCCAGGUAUCAUUUACCACUGUGAUCUAAGUGAGCCAAACCCAGAGCCCAAAGUAUUCAGGGAGGUGAUCGUAGAAGGCAUCAAGCAAGAAGACUACCAGACCAGCCAGGUAUUUUAUCCCAGUAAAGAUGGAACCAAGAUUCCCAUGUUCCUAGUCCAUGCCAAGGGCCUGAAGAAGGAUGGAACUCAUCCUGUUUUCCUUUAUGGAUAUGGAGGCUUUGAGGCUUCCAUACAACCAUACUAUAAUGUUUCUUACCUCCUGUAUGUGAGACACCUGGGAGGGAUUCUGGCAGUAGCCAACAUCAGAGGGGGUGGAGAGUAUGGCCUCACCUGGCACAAAGCUGGUACUUUAGGGAACAAGCAGAAUUGCUUUGAUGACUUCCAGUGUGCAGCAGAGUAUCUGAUCCAAGAAAAGUACACCACAGCCAGCCACAUUGCUAUCAAUGGAGGCUCGAAUGGAGGGCUGCUAGUGGCGGCAUGUGUGAACCAGCGUCCAGACCUAUUCGGCUGUGCUGUGGCUGAAGUUGGAGUGAUGGAUAUGCUGAAGUUCCACAAAUUCACCAUUGGCCACGCCUGGACCACUGACUACGGCUGUUCUGAUGACCCCGAGCAGUUCAAGUGGCUCAUCAAGUAUUCACCUCUCCAUAAUCUGCCUCAGCCACCUUACUCUGGCCCUCCCUACCCUGCUGUCCUGCUUCUGACAGCAGAUCACGAUGAUCGUGUGGUGCCUCUGCACACCCUGAAGUACUGCGCUGCCUUGCAGUACGGGGUGGGCAGCAGCCCUGUGCAGCGCCAGCCUUUGAUGGUCAGGGUAGACACCCGUAGUGGACACGGUGCAGGGAAACCCACUGCCAAGGCCAUCUUGGAGGACACUCACAUCUUUUCCUUCAUUGCUGAGACCCUGGGGCUCAGCUGGAAGGAGUGAGGAGAACACAACAGGGAAAGGGAGGUAACUGCUAUGCACAGUGAGGGAGGCUUUUAAAAGGAUGAUGGUUACUUUUUUAAACUUCUUUUUAUCUUGAUUAAAACUGUAGAAAUAAGAUCUGAUUAGAGGGAAGUGAUGUGUUUGAAGUCAGGGAGAUGGGAAGAUAGAGAUGAGAAGAAUGUUAAGUGAAAGAUAGGAAUCCAGUGAAGAAAGAACGAAUGUCAUAUAAUCAAUAACCAACAACUACAAUAUGGUAAAAAUCUGAGAAACUCCCCUUAAUACAUCUUUUAACACAGCUCUUAACUGCAGAUUAUCUUAACCAAUCAAAUGCACUAAAGACAUUUUUUGAAUGACAUUGAAUUUGAAAAGUUUCAAUAAAACCUUUAUUUGCA